UUCUGUAAAUGCAUGUUGCAUACUAUUCUGCACGAUAGUAAAUUAAAAACUCGAUGCAUUAGUAUAACGUAGUGAUUAACCUGGUAAAAAGUUUGAGAUAUCUCACUCAAAACAAACAAAUAUUUCGUACACCUGACUUUUUGAAGUUUCGAAAGUUGAAGGCUUCCGGGAAGAAAAAUUUCACAGGAUAAGUUCUGUAGAUUUAUAUUUUCAAUGCCUCGGACUUGUUCCGUAGUGGGUUGUCGAACCCAUAAAGAUUAUUACGAGCGUGGUAUUCGCUCGUACAAUUUUCCUCGUGAAAACAAGGGUCUGAUGGUUGCGUGGUUGCGGGCUUGUGGUCGGUCUGAAAAUUACGUACCUCCGAAAAACGCAACGGUGUGCGAGAAGCAUUUUAACCCAGAGGACGUUUUUGUUAAUCCGACACAAAGUCGAGCGGUACCGUCGCUUAAUUUGUACUGGAAGGUCCCAAAAGCGGAACAACCCAAGCAAGAAACUGUCGUAAGAGUAAAACGCAAAACAAUUUCAAGAAAAGAUAAACUCAAACGAAAAUCUGAACUAAACCAAUCUGUUGAGAAUGUCCUAGUUAUGGAUGAAACGAGCUCAAUGGAGUUUGAGUCAGAAAUACUACAGCUAGAUGUCAAUGCUUUCUGCCGUUUGUGCGGUGUUAAAAGUGAAAGCGAAUACAAAAGUGAUCUGGACAACUUUGGCGAGGAUGAUAAUGUAAAAAUAGCAAUCACAAUGUGCCUUGUUCAAGACCCUAUACUGGCAGCAUUUAGACAUGUUUGCGAAAAUUGCUACAGUGAAUUUACCGGAUUUAUGCAAUUCAUUAAAAUUUGUCACAAUGGUCAAACACAGUUAGCUUCUAAAUUAAGAGUAAAUCAACCUGAAAUUUCUGAGAGCUUUAAAGAUGCUUCUGAUGCUGCUGGAAGUGAAAACGACGAAGGCUUUUCUCUAGUGGAGUCUGACGAUGAUACUGAACCAUUUGAUCCAACAUCUUUCCAUGACGGCGAAACGAAAGAGGAACGAACAGACCGAUAUGUUGACAUACUGAUGGCAAAGUUAGAGCAAAAUAAACAUACCAAAAGCUGUGCCCCGAGGCCAUAUGAUUGUUUGGACUGUGGAGAAACAUUCAGAAAGAAAGAUCUCAUGAGCAAACAUAGAAAAUCUUGCUUAUUGAUUGGAAGUGAGGAAUCACUUAGAUAUAAGCCAUACACUUGUUCGAUCUGUGAUAAAACAGUGAAAUCUAUGGCUGGAUAUCGCUACCAUUUAUGGACUUUACACAAGGAUAAAUUUUACAAUAAUGAAAAAGGAGAAACUUUGCCGGAUGAACUGAUCAAGAUGGGCCGACGGAAGAACAUUAAAUGUCCGCUGUGCAACGAAUAUUUCGAAGCACGUAAUCGAUUAUGGUAUCAUUUGCCUAGUCACAAGAGCACCAAUUCCAGGGUGUAUCGUAACGCUAAAGAUAUGACGAGCAGUAAUUUAUGUAGCAUAUGUGGCAAACAACUUUCAUCGGCCGGUUCCCUUGCUUUACACAUUAAAUUUCACAAUAAAACUAAAGAUGUUCGGUGCAUGCACUGUGGGAAAUUCUUCUACACUAAGUCUGAAAUGCUGCGCCACGUUAAUAUAGUUCAUGAGAAGAUACGAUAUUCCUGUGACGUCUGCCAGGCCAUUCUGAUUUCGAAAGAAACGCUGUACCGGCACAAAAAACUCCACGAUGAAUCGUCAUUGAUCUAUUGUGCCAUGUGCCCGAAGCGGUUCACAAACAGCAAUGCUCUUAAAAGGCACAUAGCUAAGAGGCACGAGGACGAUGGCAUUACCAGUGUUUCGAUAAUGCCAAUCACGGAACCGGUUUCCGAAAGUGACAGAUUGACUCUGGAGACAGCAUUGUUCAGUAUUGACCAGCCGUCGUCGUUUGUAGAUUCGAUCAUUGAAGAUCGAAGUAUGUAGAAACAUGAUGUAGAUACCUUAUUUUAAGUAGAUAAGAAUAUAUAAUAAAAAAGCUGUUUAUAUAAGGUAGAUCUCAGAAACUACCGACUAUUA